CGCGCAGGGCAACACGGCACCGCGCGCAGGCUUCGCCCCCGCUGCAGGCGAGGCAGGUGCAUCCAGACAAGAAUCCCAACGACCCGCAGGCGGCCGAGAAAUUCCAGGUCCUCACUGCAGCUUGAUUCCGUCCAUGUUCUUGCUGGACAGCGACUCGAUUUAGCGGAGUGAAUGCGUGUUGUCCUGGCAAUCUGAGUUUUUUCCCCUCUCGAAGUCUCGAUGAUGUAUUUCAUUCUCUCGCACAAAAGAAUAUAGUAUGCUGGAACUCUCUUAUCUCUGGUUAUAGUUGGAACGGCAAAAUGGUGGAAGCAGAUGAGCUCUUCAAGAAUAUGCCUGCAAGGAACGCAGCUUCAUGGAACACAAUGAUUUCUGGUUACGCAGAAAAUCGACGAUUUGUUGAUGCACUAAAAUAUUUCAGUGCAAUGUCGGCUUCCGGGCAGAUUCCGGGAGAAAUUACCCUGUCAAGUGUUCUUCUUGCAUGCGCAAACUUGUGCUCUUUAGAGGUGGGCAAGAUGGUUCAUGCUAAGAUUGUCAAGCUUGGAAUCGAACAUAACAUCUUUAUGGGAGCUGCACUAAGUGACAUGUAUGCCAAGUCAGGGGAUUUGGACAGCUCCAAGGGGAUAUUUUAUCAAAUGCCUGAAAAAAAUAGUAUCACUUGGACUGCCAUGGUUCAGGGACUUGCAGAAAAUGGCUUUGCAAAAGAUUCUAUUUUGUUGUUCGAGAAUAUGAUGGCAAAUGGAAUAUCACCGAAUGAGCAUACAUUUUUAGCUAUUUUAUUUGCUUGUUCCCACAGUGAUUUGGUGGAACAAGCCAUACAUUAUUUUGAAGCAAUGCAAGCACAUGGCAUCCCACCUAAACAGAAGCACUACACCUGCAUGUUUGAUGUCCUAGCUCGAGCUGAUCGUUUGACAGAAGCCGAAGAGCUUCUCAUGAAGGUUCCAAGUAACUUUGAAGCAAGUGCAUGGUCAGCUCUUCUGAGUGCUUGCAACACUUACAGCAACAAGGAGAUAGGUGAGAGGGCAGCAAUGAAACUUCAUGAGUUGGAGAAAGAUAAUACAGCGGGCUAUGUGCUACUCUCGAACAUGUAUGCAUCUUGUGGUAAAUGGAAAGAUGCUGCUGAGAUAAGAAUACUGAUGAAAGGAGCUAGCCUUAAGAAAGAUGGUGGGUACAGCUGGUUACAAUUGAAGGGACAAUAUCAUGCCUUCUUUUCUUGGCAUUUGAUAUUUUCCAAAAAGAAGAAUGAAAAUGAGAGGAUGGUAUAACACAGCAGCAAUUGGAACUUCAGAACUCCGAGAGUCGAGUAAAUUGAGCUAAUGUCUCCAGGAUGGUCCUAUACAAUGGAUCAAUCUCGGUUGUCAAAUAUUUCAGGGACAACAUACUGGAUGGCACUGUUUUUUUCACCCUCCUUUUCGGGAGCGAGCUGUUCGAGGACUACAUUGGUCAUCUUGCAAUGGCAACAAUGGCCUCCACUGAGAUGACAACCGACAACGACAACCCCUAAAAGCUUCAGGACAGGCUCAAGAAUGUACAAAGGGAAAGAGAGGAAAAGCUAGCUAGAUUCCUCAAGGAAUUCCUCUCCCAAUAUGUUCGUGGUGACAAAGAAGGAUUCGCUAAUCGUGUGGAAGCUGAGGCGAAGAGGCUCUCCAGCACUUCAUCUGGACUGGAUAUUCUUCGCACCAUCGGAUAUAUGUAUUCUUGACAUGCAGCAAAGGAGCUAACAUCAAAUGGUGUGUGGACAGGAAAGAAACAUUAACAACAGCAAAAGAAGCCACAUUCAGAAUGUAGUUUAUGUAAAAGAUGAAUUGUUUGUAGAUAAAAAUCCCAUCAUACAUAAACUAAGUAAUAUGAAAGCUCCCUUGAUAACACGCUACAUUGGUUAAGCUAGAUCCCACAAUGCAUAUACUACCAGCGUAUAUAAGAGGUGGCCCUGAAAAUUUGACAACUUUGUAGUUCUGAAUGGACAAGCAUGAUUUGCGCUUUCUGAUCCAAAAAGCUUCGCACCAUCGGAUAUGUGUAUUCUCGACAUGCAGCAAAGGAGCUUGGCAAGAAGGCCAUGUACCUACGAGUGCCAUUCGUGGCUGAGUGGGUCAGGAACAAGGGGCACCUAUGGAAGUCACAGAUCACAGCAGCAAAAGGAGAAAUGCAGGAGCCCUGCAACUGUUGCAGUUGCAAGAGGACGCCUGCCGGCAGAGUAACAAGGAUGGCAAUGCCACGGAGUAGGAUGUUGACUUUCAGAUGAGGAUGAACAAGGAUCUGAUGAUGACCUCACUGUGGAAGCUGAAGGUUGUGGAAAUUGAAAUGACUCUCCUGCAUGUUUGUGAAAUAGUAUGUAUCUUGAGGUAUCUGAUUACAUACGGUGCUUUACGAAAACAAUGUCAAGAAAGAGGAUCUAAAGGCCCGAGCAACGGCCUUGAAAAUUCUCGGGAAAAUAUUUCAGGGAUAAGGAGGCAUUACCUGGGCCAGAGCCAGGGCCGUCAGGGCCAUCAAAACGAACAGUUCUUGAUAAUGACAGCAGUUUAGAUGACAGUUCAGAUGAUGACAUAGCUCGGACGGUGCCAUAUCAAACUCCUGCAUUUACUCUGUGGAGAACCAAAGUUGUCCUCGCAUGCUCUUAGAAUUUGCCAAUCCGCUUUGUAAGGAUAUGUACAUUACACAGUAACUAUUUAAUAGUUGAUACCAAUGGUAAGCAGAGCUUAUCCCAUCGUCUUA